CUGGCUAAACUCUACUUGAUUGGGGACAAGCACACAAACCAUCCAUUACGAUCUGAUAUAUUAUCCAAACAAUUUAGUGUAUUCAUGAGGUAACCUAAAUGUGGAGGCUGCAAAAUUACCCGUAAUCAAUUGAAACAGCGAGUGCGCGUCCCUCUGUGUGUCUAACAACUACAUGUCUCUGUAAUAAGGCAGACAUUAAAUCAUUUUAGAGUUGUACUGUUGAGUACCUGAUCACUGGGCGCUCUGGGAAGCUGGACAGUCACAUUAGGACGCUGGGACUGAGGAAGCCGCUGCUUUUCCAGUGGGAUAAAACCCGAUCUUCCUUACUCAAGGUGCUUUACAGAUCCCCACCGAUCUGACCCUAAGCCGUGCAAUAUCCAGCAUAGACUUCGUCUUCUUCUUCUUCUUCUACUCUUCUAUAUUUUUUUUUGUUGGUGGUUUUUUUUUGUUUUGUUUUGUUUUGUUUUUAUUGCACUACAUGUUUGGGAAACAAGACAAAAUGGACGUUAGAUGCAGUUCAGAGACUGAAGCUAACCGGGUCUCGAAGAACGGACAUAAAGAGGGCAAGGAAAGCAAAGGGUCUGAAGGAAAUAUUUCUACUUCUUUUUUGAAGGAUCAGCAAGGGACUUUUUCUGCCUCUGCAGCUACGGAAGAUUGUAAUAAAAGUAAAUCUAGUUCGGCUGAUCCGGACUAUUGCAGGAGGAUCCUAGUUAGAGAUGCCAAAGGUUCAAUCAGAGAGAUUAUUCUGCCUAAGGGUCUUGAUCUGGACCGUCCCAAGCGGACCCGCACCUCCUUCACGGCCGAGCAGCUCUACCGCCUGGAGAUGGAGUUCCAGCGCUGCCAGUACGUCGUGGGGCGGGAGCGCACCGAGCUCGCCCGCCAGCUCAAUCUCUCCGAGACUCAGGUCAAGGUCUGGUUCCAGAACCGUCGCACCAAGCAGAAAAAGGACCAGGGCAAGGACUCCGAGCUGCGGUCGGUGGUGUCCGAGACGGCCGCCACCUGCAGCGUCCUGCGGUUGCUGGAGCAAGGCCGGCUGCUCUCCCCGCCGGGGCUGCCCGGCCUCCUGCCGCCCUGCGCUACCGGAGCCCUGGGCUCGGCGCUGCGGGGACCCGGCCUGGCGGCGGGCAGCGGCCCCGCGGCGGCGGCGGCGGCGGCGGCUCCCAGCGGCGGCUCCCCGCACCCGCCGGCCGCCGGCAGCGCGGCGGCCCCCCCCCCGCCGGCAGCGCUGCACGGAGCGGCCGCCGCCGGGCACGGGCUCUUCGGGCUGCCGGUGCCCGCCCUGCUGGGCUCGGUGGCCGGGCGGCUCUCCUCCGCUCCCCUGGCCGUGGCCGGCUCGCUGGCGGGCAACUUGCAGGAACUGUCGGCCCGCUACCUGAGCUCGUCCGCCUUCGAGCCCUACUCCCGGACCAACAAUAAAGAAAGCGCUGAGAAAAAAGCACUGGACUGACUCUAAGUAACUUCCCCGUAUUUAUAUUUAUAGUCUCUAUUUGUGGCGGUAUUUAUGGGACGGGCGGCGCGGCGGGCCUUGCCGGCAGCCCCCUCCCUCGCCGCCGCCGCCGCCGCCGCCUCCGAGCCCCGCGGCGCGGUUCCCUCCGCGGGCCGGGGCGGAGCGGAGCG